GUCAGUCAGUCAGUCAGUCAGAGUCGCAGGGCGUAGGACCGAGCGAGACGGGGCGUGUGUAAUGUGUAUGAGGCUGCGCUGCUCUGCGUUUGGGUGUGAGUGAGAGUGGGGUAAACAGGUCGAGUCGAGUCGGGUCGGGUCGCGUACCUUUUGCACUGACUGUUCUAGGCAGUCAGGCACAAGAAGGCCUUUUGAAUAGUGGCUGUAUGCGGUGCGCUGUCUGUGUACGAUUUUUUUGUACAACGUGAUUUUUUGAGAUUCGUGCGACGGCAGAGACUGGAAAGUCAAUGAAACUUUCUACCACUGUGUGUGACGCAUUUGUGUAAUCUUAAACUAGCCAGCGGCGACGGCUUAUCAGCAGCGACCUAUUGCAAAAAGUGACUUUUUCCCGUCUGGCUUUUUCUCCCGGUGUCCGUUUAUUCCGGUGCUCUCGGAAAACGGCUGGAUUACUAGCGUUUGUGACACGAACCGUGAUAACACUUGAUCGAUACGCGCGCCUGUGACCCUGUGGUACCUGCUUUUCGCCCAGUACACGCGAGUGACAGUGAAUUAUUUCGCGUGAAACAUUUCGUGAUAUUGGUGAUCGCCAGCGGUAUUCACGUGUCCCGGCAGUGAUUCUGUGGAGUGAUUAGAGCGUUGAAGCAAGUACGAAACGAAAGAAGAAAAAAAACGGACUUCGUUUGGAAUAAACAAGUGAUAUUGUUUGUGUGGAGCGAUUGGAAAACAACAACUAUCGAGGCAUAUGAAUAUGAUUGUAGUGUGGUUGUGAUAAGACAAAGCUUUGAUUUGAUUUUGGUUUCUGUUUUCAUUUGUUUGUUUGUUUGCUGUGCCAAACGAGAGUGAAUUUCCGGACUGCAAAGCAACGCGGAAGAGGAGCAGUUUUAGCGACUCACGGUUUUUUAAACAGGAAAAAUUUUCCUCGAUAGCGUAGGCCCCGAUUGUGGGGCCAAAACCGGUAGCAAUAUUAUAACACACAACUCGCUCAGUAUGUACGGCGGAGGAGUCCUGUGUCCGUCGCCUUCGACGGCGACCGGGUUCUACAACCCGCGCGGACAAGGUUCCGAGAUUGGGGCCCUCGAGCUAGGAUUUCCUCGGGGGAUGGCCCUAGUGCCGCCACCUCCCCACGGAGCCUGGCGGGAUCCCACCUCAAUUGGUUCCCACCUGCCAGUGUCUAGCACAAGUGAGGACAUCACCACCCUCGGUGGUGCCAACGCACCACCCUCGGUAUCCUCAAUGCAGUCGAACUCGUCUGUAGAUAAGAAAGAUUUCAUAUCAUCGGUGACCGGUUCCGGGUCGCAGCACAAUGCCGGCAGCUUAGCAGUCUCACAGCACACCUCCGUCGAAAAGAAAGAGUUCCUCUCGUUGCAACAGAGCACUACACCUGGCUCCCAGAGCAUGAACUCCCAGAACGGAAGCCAACAGGACAUUAAAAAUCAAAACAUCGAAUGUGUCGUCUGCGGCGACAAGAGCUCAGGCAAACAUUACGGCCAGUUCACAUGUGAAGGAUGCAAAUCGUUCUUCAAGCGAUCGGUGCGGCGGAAUCUAACCUACUCGUGCCGGGGCAACCGGAACUGCCCGAUCGACCAGCACCACCGGAAUCAGUGUCAGUUCUGUCGACUACGAAAGUGCCUCAAGAUGGGAAUGCGACGCGAAGUGCAACGAGGUCGCGUUCCUCCGUCACAACCACCGGGCCUUCCAUACGGCCAGUACUCGAUACCAAACGGAGACGCCGUAUCCGGCUUCAACGGGCACUCGUAUCUUAGUUCCUACAUUUCGCUCCUGCUGCGAGCGGAACCCUACCCAACGUCCCGGUACGGCCAGUGUAUGCAGACGAACAACAUCAUGGGCAUCGACAAUAUCUGCGAGCUGGCCGCUCGGUUACUGUUCUCGGCCGUCGAAUGGGCCCGCAAUAUACCCUUCUUCCCGGAUCUCCAGGUGACGGACCAGGUAGCGCUGCUGCGACUAGUCUGGUCCGAGCUGUUCGUACUGAACGCCUCCCAGUGCUCGAUGCCACUGCAUGUGGCACCCCUGCUGGCAGCGGCCGGCCUGCACGCAUCGCCAAUGGCCGCCGACCGGGUGGUUGCCUUCAUGGACCACAUACGGAUAUUCCAGGAGCAGGUGGAAAAGCUGAAAGCACUGCACGUAGACUCCGCCGAGUACUCCUGUCUGAAAGCAAUAGUCCUAUUCACCACAGAUGCAUGCGGACUGUCGGACGUAGCUCACAUCGAAUCGCUUCAGGAAAAAUCUCAAUGCGCCCUGGAAGAAUACUGCAGGUCUCAGUAUCCCAACCAGCCGACGAGAUUUGGCAAGCUACUGCUUAGGUUACCCUCAUUGCGAACAGUCUCUUCACAGGUGAUAGAACAGCUCUUCUUCGUCCGACUGGUGGGAAAAACACCCAUCGAAACGUUAAUACGCGACAUGCUGCUCUCGGGUAGUAGUUUCUCUUGGCCCUAUCUACCUUCGAUGUGACACACGGCCGUGUGGCGUCAA